AUGGCGAAUACGAGGACGAGCGAGGAGCUUCGGGGCGAAUCGCAGCUGAUAAAGCAAGGAGCGGAGGCGAGGGUGUAUUUGAGCCAAUCGCAGGAGCGUUCAAUGAUACUCAAGUGGCGCUUCCCGAAGAAAUACCGACAUGCGACACUGGAUAGAAGUUUAAAUAAGCAAAGGAUACAAUCGGAGGUGAAGGCGCUGAACAGAGCAGAAUCGCUGGGUGUGCAGGUGCCGCGAGUGGUGUUCACAGAUAGUCGUGAUGGAAUGGUGGCUAUGGAGUGGCUGGAUGGAUACAGUGUGCGGGAGUGGCUGGGGAGUAAAGCCGAAGGCCAAGUGAAAGCUGAUGACGGGAUGAGACUGGAUAUGAAGAGUGUAGGUAUUGACAGAGACACGCUUAUGCAGCUUGUCGGUGAACAGAUAGCUGUAUUGCAUCUGUCGGGGAUUAUACACGGUGAUUUAACCACAUCGAACCUCAUCCUUAAACACCAUCCGAAUGCUGUGUAUAUCAUAGACUUUGGAUUGUCAUCCCUCAAACCUAUCACGCACUACACCAGCGCAGAAGAUAGGGCUGUUGAUCUCUAUGUUCUCGAGAGGGCGUUUGGAAGCACACACCCGGCGUUUGAAGCAGAGUACACAACGCUGCUCAACAGCUAUGCACGCAGAGUAGGUGAUGCCGAGUGGAACAAGGUGAAUAUCAAGUUACAUGAUGUCAGGCUUCGUGGGCGCAAGAAGAGUAUGGUAGGGUAG